AUUAAACAACAAAGUAAAUACACACACUCACACACACACACACACCAAGUGCCAGUUUAAGAGUUAAACACCAAUUAUACAGCUUUGUGACUCGUCUCUGAUCGGCGCCACACACACACACACACACACACACAGGGCAGUUAAGAUUGUAGGAGUGUAGUGUCAAUACCACACCAUACUAUACCACACCACACAACACUACCACACAAUACCAAACCACACCACACCACCAUCAGGCACCACCACACACCACGACACCACACCACACCACACCACCAUAACAUACCACACAACACUAAACUACACCACACCACCACACCACGGUAUCCUUGGUGUCCCGACCUGCCCAGACCCUCCGAACCCCGCCGAGCCCCGCCAAGCCCUUCCGAUCCCCGCCCCGUCCUGCUGUGGGUAAGCGGCAAGGCACUAUGGGGCGUGAUCUGUGGGACGUAUGUGUUGCCAUCAGACGAGGUGGUGGGGAACGAACUGCAGAAGGCCGCCCCACAUCUGCGUGCCGGCCUGAGGGCGUAUGCCAAGCCCACGGGAGACCACUUAGACCGCUGGAUCAUGGAGGAGAAGAAGGUGAUUCUCAAGAAGUUGUUUGACCUCAUGGUGAGUGAAAGUGAUGACCACUGGGCCAAGACUGCCAGCAUCACGGAGAAGAAGAAGAAUUUUGUCAAGGAGUUGUCUGAGCUCCUGGUGAUUGAAAGUGAAUGUAAAGGUGAUGACCACUGGGGCAAGACUGCCAACAUCACGGAGGAGAAGAAGGAUCUUGUCAAGAAGUUGUCCUACCUCUUGGUGAGUGAAAGUGGAUGGGAAGGUUGCAAACACUCUGCCAAGACUGCCAACAUCAUGGAGAAGAAUUUUUCCAAGAAGUUCGAGCUGCUGGGGAGUAAAAGUAAAUGUGAAGGUGACGAGAAGGUCGUGGAGAAGAAGAAGAAAUUUGUCAAAAAGUUGUUUGACCUGGUGAGUGAAAGUGAAUGGAAAGGAGAUGACCACUGGGGCAAGACAGCCAACGUCACAGAAAAGAAGAAUAAUUUUGUCAAGAAGUUGUCAGACCUGGUGAGUGAAAGUGAGUGGAAAGGCGACAGCCACUUGUCCAAGACAGGCAAUGUCACGGAGAUGAAGAAUCUUUUCAUGAAGUUGGCCGACCUCGUGGUGAAUGAAAGUAAAUGUGAAGGUGACGACCGCUGGGCCAAGACUGCCAGCGUCAUUGGUCUUGCCAUGAAGUUGUCCAACCUCCUGGUGAAGGAAAGUGAAUGGAAAGGUGAUGACCACUGGGGCAAGACUGCCAUCGUCAUGGAGGAGAAGAAGAAUUUUGUCAAGAAGUUGUCCAACCUCCUGGACUUGGCAGCAGUUCAAAGCUGGGAGGUGUUUCAGUUCUUCCUGGUGAAUGAGUACACCAAGGCAGACUCCUCCCUGCCUGACCUCUUCACUAGCCAGCGUGACGAGGAGUCCUUCAGGGCACACCUCCUCCGCUUCUACCUUGGGGACCGCCUCCAUCUCCUCCGCUGUCUGAGGCACAUUGUAGCCAACACUGCCAAUCCACAACACCCAUACCAGAGUCUGUUCAGUGACUUUAUGCGUGAUGUGCUUGACAAGGACGGCAUGCUGGAGGGCUGCCUCUUGCAGCAGGUGAUCAAUAACAACAAUGGCAGCAAUGGCAGCACCAGUGUGGCAGCCUCCAGCAUGCCCCCAGAUGGCCCAAUCCCUGGCCCAUCCACCCACCUGGCCCACCACCUGGCUGAGCUGCAGGAGAUUCUGGCCACCUUGCUUGUCUACUACAGCAGCACUGGCAGAUCUCCAUUACCGGCCACCUUCAAGAGUUUGGUGCAGUUAGCCCAGGGUGGUGGUCUGGGUGGACAGCCUGAUCUGCAGGAGGGGCUGAGGGAAAUCCACAUGCCCCUGGUGGAGGCCCUGGAUGCCACACAUGCCCUCCUGCUUGUCCUCACCAUCAAUGUUGACAUGCCCACCAGUGGCCACAGUUUGUGUGAGAGUGAGUGGGUGAAUAAGCUGGACCCCAUCAUGGCUGGCUUGGGGGCACGCAAACCCCACCUGGCUCCCCUCCUAGCCUGGGCAGUACUCCACUUACGUGCUGCAGCUGACCGGGCUUCCACUUCCACCUCCUCUGCCUAUGCUGCUUCCACUAGGACCUACCAUAGGCUGGCUGAGAGGGCCCUGAGUAGCAACGUGUUUAGCUACCUGCAGACUGCCCUCAGCUGUGCUCCCAUACAGGGUGACAAGCUGCUACUGCGCCUGGCCUCCUCAGUGGUGUACUCCCUAGUGUGUGCCACGGCCACUUGCCUCCCCCUGGCCCCAGCACACCAACCUGUCCUGAGCUCACUGGCCAAGACUCUCCUUGCCCAGGACCCACCAGCUGACCUCUUCUGGGCUGAGGAAGAUGGAGGUGCCGGCCUGCUGUUGCCACACGCCCUGGAGGUGUUUCCAUAUGAGGUGGAGCCUCUGCUGUCCCUCGCUACUGCUCUUGCUGGUGCCAACCCAGACAGCUGCCUCAAGGUGAUAGAGCUGCUGAGUGAAGUGCCAUACCUCACCUGGCCCCUGGAGCUUGGGGAGUGCCCAGUGCAACAGGUGAGGGAAGGAGGCUACUGCACCAUGGCACCCCUCCAGCUGCUGCCAUCCAUCACAGUGCCAGCACGCACCUGUGGCUCUCUGGUGCCGGCCAGCCUGCGGCUGGUGGCCUGGAACACUCCCACCAAUGCCUGGCAGGUGCUGCUGUCCAUCAUGAACAUGCUGGGGCUGGAGGUGAGCAGCGGAGCAACAGUGGCCGACCCUCAGGUGAUGAAGGCCGUGUGCUCCACCCUUCAGCUGGUGACAGCUGUGCUGGCCACCCUGCCCUCCCAGCUGCCAGCACUGGUCCAUGUGGUGCAUGAGGCACUGGUCUUACUGCGCAGGAUGUCCCAUGUGUCCCGCCCUCCUGGAGUACUCGUGGCAGCUCUUCUGGCCAUGCUGGCAGAGGUGUCCACUCAGGAGGCCAAGAAUGUGUGGACUGAGCUGGAGGGGAGUCCUCUGUUGCCAUACCUGGCCCUCCCAGAGAGUUCAGCAUCGGAGGCCAAGAGGGGGAAGGCUGACCCCUUUGUUGAGUACCGUGCUGGGGGACUGCGGGCAUUGGUGUGUGGGGAGGAGGCAGCAAUGGGCACCUACCCCAUUUUGCGCUCCUAUACUAGCUUGCUUGCUGCUGCUAUCAAGGGUGGAGUGCGCACAGGCAGCGUGCAGGGCGGUGUGGUGUUCAUGGCAAGGGAGGUGACGGGAGCAAUGAUGCGCUGGUGGUACAGGACACAGGAGGAGAGGGACAAGCUGUUUGAGUGUUGCCUCACCCUGCUGCAUCACACUCUGGAGGACCCUGGGCUAGACCCAAGUGUCCACACCUUAGUGGUUCAUCAGCUGGUGGACAGGAGCAGUGCCGGCCGCACCCUGCUGUCGGUGGUGGAGAGUGGUGCUAGCCUGGAAGGGAUGCUCAGCCUGCCCUCCCACUCCCCAGCCUCCACCCAGGCCCUCCGCCUCACACGCACCGCCCAGAUGGCUCUCUCCAUUCUCCAUCGGUUGGUUGGAGAGGAGAGCAGCACAGAGGGACUGAGCCAGCUGCUGCGAGCCACUCCCCUUCCCGGUGUGCCCCUCGGCAGCUCCCCAGGAGUGGGGCGGGGCCAGGGCAGCAGUGCUGUGCCUCACCUGGCCCUCACUGUGGCUCUGUAUGCACACCAGCGCCUCAACCCUCGCCUCCUGUACCUGGCCCUGCGCACCCUCACACGCUUUGCUCAGAAACUAGAUGUGCCCCUGGUGGCAUGCUUUGGUGCUGAGGCUGAUGGAAUCCGAGACGCUCUGCUGCGGCGCCUGGAGUCCCCAACAGAGGAUGUCAGGGUGAAGGUGGCACUGCUGCGUCUGCUAACAGCCUCCACCACUCGGCAGCAGGGCCUUACCAAUGCCUUCCUCACACCGCCAGAGAAGCUGCUUGAUCCUCUCGUCUCCCUCGCUAGUCUCACUGGGAAGGGCAGCAUGGGCCAUGAGGUGGUGCUAGCGGUGGUGGAGUUGGUGGAUGCCCUGUGGACCCAAAAAUACUCCACCGCCACGCGCCACAUGCAGGCCAAGAAGGAGUUCUGUGAUGCCCUCACCUGCCCCCUCACUUCCCACAAGCCAGGUGAGGUGAGUGAUGCCAUUGUGGGUCACUGCUUUAGCAUCCUGGCACGGCAGCUGUUCUGUGCCAACUCGUCACCGCCGGCCAGCCUUUCCGCAGUCAAGGACCGUCUCUUCAGCUCAGGCUCCAGGUCUUCUGUCUGCCUGUGGUCUGAGCAUGUGUUGUCGAAAGUGGAGGAUGGGUGGAAGGAGAGCCGGGAUGUGCGGGAGGUAUUGGUGCCAGCGUGGAGGGACUUUGUGGUGGUGCUGGUGAUGCGUGCCCGGUCCUGGCUCACCCCACAGCUAAAGGUGAAGCUGGCUGAGGAUAUCCUGGAGGGACUGUUGCGGCAGGUGGGCAGCAGUGAGGAGCCAGACCAGCACCUCACACUGCUACUGGCUGAGGUGUACAUUGCUCUGGUGAAGCACUGCAGCAAACAACUGGCAGAGAAGCAGAAAUUCUUUGAGCAGACGAGCAAACUGCUGGCAUGUCUGCAAGGUGUUGUGAUGACCACCUCCACCCACUGCCAGCUGCUCAUCCUAGGAGCCUCUCUCUCCCUCAUCACCCUCACUGACAUAACACCACAGUCACACAAUCUGGUGGCAUGCCUGGUGGGGCCAGUUGGAAACCUGGUGCAGCAGCAUGGCCGGCUGGCAGGCUCAGCAGCUCAGAGCUGCACUUCAGCCUCCACCCUGGGCCUAGCCACAGCUCUCCUGCACCAGCUACUCCUGCGCUGCCAGCCAGACACAGCACAGCAGCUUCUGACUCAGUUUCCUGUAGUGCCGGCACUCCUACAUGCUACAGAGACCUACAUGAAGAGUGGAGAUGAGGAAGUGGUGGGUGAGAUGGUGAAUCUGCUGGCCACCCUCUGCCGCACCGCACAGCCCUGGAAAGAGGUGUCUGCCCAAACUCUUUCCUCAACACUUACCUUGGCUGUCCCAUCCUCCAAGACAAACCUACUGAGUGGUGUAGUAUGGUGCAUGGUGUGGGGGGUGAGGCACAUGGGGGCCAUGGGGGUGGAGGGAGGUGUGAAUGUGGCAGCCAUCCAUCUCCAAGCCCUUUGUGGCUCCCUAGCUAUCCCCCACAAGGAGCCCAACCUGGCCCUGGCCUCAGCAGCCCUGGUGGAGGCCCUGGCCCCUCAUACCGGCCUGUGGGUCGUGUUGCAUCAAGCCUCCUUUACUCAGCUGACAGCUGCCACCACCCGCUGCAUACACAUCACCAAACACCUGCUCUGCACGCCUCGGUUUGUUCAGAGGGAGUUGGGUGGAGAGAGUGGCAGCAGGAGUGGUGGUGCCUCAGCUGCUGCCGCCACCACCACUGCCUCUGCCAUCAGUGAUGCUGCUGCUGCCAUCACACCAGCAACAACAGCCGCCCUCAACAAGAUGCUGCAUGUGUUGUGUGCCUGCCUCAGUGCUAUUCAGUCCCUGGGACCAGACCUAACUGACCUCCUGUGUGGGCCAGGCUCAGAUGUGGAUGCUUGGACGCUCUUCUUCCACCCAUCUUUCCGCACUGUGUCAGCACACGACCCCUCAGCCCAACCCAGCCUGGCCUCCCUCACUGCUGUGCUGGAACUUUAUGACAGUCAUGCAUCUAAGGAGAGUCGUGGAGUAUCUCCGUGCCAUAGUGGUGCCCCAGAGGUUGGUCUCAGUCUGCAGGUCUUGGCCCUUUGUGCUGAAAAGGCCCUGCUGCUAUUGCUGACACAAGCAACCUUGGCCCUCAUGAGUCCUGACACAGCACCACGUGAUGCACAAAGGAUCAGACAGAACAUGGCUGAUGACAUGAAUUCAUUCUUCCACCAUUCACUGGGACGCAGGCCACCUGCCUCCCCCCUGCCCACCACCAUGGCUGGAGCCUCCACUGCCGGAGGCCACACCCACAUCAGCUUACGGUACCUUCGUCUCGCUCAGCAGUUGGUGACUAGACUUUGUGUCACCAAAUGAUAAUGGCAGGCUGUGGGCCAUUUUUGGCCUGCAUAACUUUUAAAGCUAUUACAUCACUGCCAAGCCAAGUGGAGGUGUGCAGACCUUCCUCAUCUAGUACAAGUGAUCCCUCAUGCAGAACAAAGGUGCUGCUGCCUCUGGAGUGUCAAGCAAGUCAGUGUGAUGUUGUCUCACUUCACCCUAUUUAAAUGCCGUUUUUCUUACAAAUGUGAUAUUACUGGUGUUGAUAGUCAGGCUGCAUGUAGUGACUAAAUGUUCUGUUGAAAGUUAAGUUAGGGUUGUGCCACUACAUGUUUAUGGCAUGUAAUACCAGAUUUUACACUAAAAUGAUUGUAUAAAAUAUUCUUAAUAAAAUUUAUUGUUCUUGCAA